AUGAAGAAACACCUGAGCCCCACGAAACAGCAGCAGCACCAGCCGCCGCCGCCGCCGGUUCCGAGCGGCGACGUUACCGUGCAGCAACUCAACGAGCUCCUGUCGGACGGCAGCGGCUUCUACAACCUGCCGACCCAGCACUUCAACGAGGUGUUCCCCAGAAUUUACAUCGGAAACGCGUUUGUAGCCCAUAACCCAAUGCGCCUGCAGAAACUUGGCGUGACGCACGUCCUCAACGUGGCGGAGGGCACCUCCUUCAUGCACGUCAACACUCCUCCGGAGUUCUACGCCGGCACGGGCAUCACGUACCACGGCAUCUCGGCCAACGACACGGAGCAGUUCAACCUUGGUGCCUUCUUCGAGGAGGGAGCCGAUUUUAUUGACAAAGGACUAGCGCACAAUAACGGCAAAGGGAAGGUGUACGUGCACUGCAGAGAGGGCUACAGCCGCUCCCCCACCAUGGUCGCUGCUUACCUCAUGCUGCGCCACAGAAUGGACGUGCGAGUGGCGCUGGCCACCGUGAGGCAUAAGAGAGAAAUCGGUCCCAACGAUGGCUUCCUUCGCCAACUGUGCCAACUGAACGAGAAGCUGUCUAAAGAGGGCAAGCUGAACGGGGAGGUGGGCAAAAUAAAAACCAAAUGAAAGCAGCAGAUACACGAAUAUUAAAGGACCCUCUGCCCUGUCUCUUCACAUCGGGCCUUUCUCUGGGAGGCCAGUCCCACCCUGACCAAACCAGCACCCAUCCAACAUAUCGGGGAUUCUGAGACAUACAUGCAUUUGUCCUCAAGCUUGUGCACUCUCACUGUUCCUUUUCAAAAAUCCUUUUUACUCGUGUUUCAGUUGCAGUCUCUAACCCUAAACCCUAAAUUUGUGUGCCGGUAAUUUUUUGAGCUAAGGUACUUUAAGCAUUCCUUUGAAUCCCACAAGCUAAUAACGUGAACAUUUUUAAAACGUCCUCACAAAUUUCUACAAAGCAGAAGAUUAUAGCACAAUCAUUCCAUAGUUUCCCACUGCCGGAAUGUCAGCGACGUCUCCGCGAGCAGGAGCGCUCCAUAAAUUCUAGAUAAACUCAAAACACCGGACGGAAGCGGGUUUUCACAAACGAUGAAACAAAAGAAGAAAGAAAACCCCAAACAUUCCACAAAAGCCGAAAGACGACCUGACUCCAUGAAAACCCUUCGUUCUGCACCUCCUGCAGAUGUUUAUCGCACAACGCCCGAACGCAUCCCAGAGCAGGCUUUAGCUGUUGUCGUGUUUCGGUCUUGGCCUCUAGUUUGACAGCGCCGGCAGCGAAAGUGAUUGUUGGUACAACAAGCUGGCACCAAGAACCAGUAAGAGUUG